AUGUUGAGUGCGGAAUACCGGGAGUUUAUGACUCCCUCAAAAUACAAACAUCUCAUGGAGAUUGUAAAUGCCACACGGGAAAGAGAGAUACUAAAGAAGCAGAUUGAAAGGGGUGAAAGAAGGGCAUUGGAUGAAAAUCCAAGCCCCACAAAGACACAAAAGGUGAACGAGUGUCCAAAGAAGGGGAACACAAAAGGGGGGUCAACUCAAUGCAAAACAUGUGGAAAAGCCCAUCGAGAUGAAUGUUACUUCAAGAACAAUUCGUGUGUUACGUGCAGGAAAGUGGGAUACGGGACUUCAAGUUGCCUCGGUAAGGUGUCGGUAUGCUACAAGUGUUACAAACUGGGACACAAGAGAUUUGAGUGCCCGGAGUUGGUUGGAAAGAAGGAAACACUUGACACGAAGACAGAAGUCCCAAAAUCAAAGGCGAGAUCCUUCCACAUAACCGCGGCUAAGGCCAAAGUUAAACCCAAUGUGGUUUCAAGUACAUUUAUCAUAAAUUCCAUUAUUGCACGCAUUUUAUUUCAUACGGGUGCAAAUAGAUCUUUUGUUUCACAUAGAUUUAUUCGACACCCUACAUUUACAUUAACGAAAUUGCCUAUGCCUUUGGAAGUAGGAAUAGGUAAUAAUAAAAGUUUUAUUAUUUGUGUUAUGUGUCGGGAUUGCAAAUUGAAUGUGGACGGAGAGGAUUACUUAGUUGAUUUGAUACCCAUGUUAAUGGGGGAAUUUCAAGUAGUGAUCGGGAUGGAUUGGUUAUCUCGACACCACGCUAAAGUGAUAUGCUUCCGUAAGGAGAUACAACCAACAUCUCCGAGCGGAAGGCGUGUUAUUAUUUUUGGGGAGAAGAAUUGUAACCCCAAUAUGUGCUCGAUGAUAGAAGCCCAUAAACUCCUUCGACACGGACGUAAGGCUUACCUGACUUACAUACGUGAUUCAGAUAAAGAGUCACCAAAGAUUAAAGACGUACCGGUUGUAUGA